CACCGGUUCAUCGCCAGCUCUGCUGAAAAAUUCAACAUGUCUCGAAGAUAUGAUUCCAGGACCACAAUCUUCUCACCAGAAGGUCGCCUGUACCAAGUUGAAUAUGCAAUGGAAGCAGUUGGUCACGCAGGGUCGUGUCUAGGAAUUUUGGCCGAAGAUGGUGUGCUACUUGUCGCUGAACGUAGGAAUACAAAUAAACUGCUCGAUGAGGUGUCAUAUUCUGAAAAGAUCUACAAAUUAUAUGAUGACUUGGCAUGCAGUGUAGCUGGAAUCACAUCAGAUGCUAAUGUUUUGACAAAUGAGCUUCGUCUUAUUGCUCAGCGUUAUAUGCUGCAAUACCAAGAACCCAUUCCAUGUGAACAACUCGUCAGCACACUUUGUGACUUUAAACAAGCAUAUACACAAUUUGGAGGGAAGCGUCCAUUUGGUGUCUCUAUAUUAUACAUGGGUUGGGAUAAACAUUAUGGCUACCAGCUCUACCAAAGUGACCCCAGUGGCAACUAUGGUGGCUGGAAGGCAACAUGUAUAGGCAACAACAGUGCUGCUGCAAUCUCUAUGUUGAAGCAAGAAUACAAAGAAGAGGGAAAACUCAGCGAUGCUCUUAAACUUUCUCUUAAAGUGUUAAGCAAAACUUUAGAUAUGACAAAGCUGACUUCAGAAAAAAUUGAAAUGACAACUUUAACACUCAUAGUAGAAAUUAAGGUUAUCCACUUUGUAAAUAGACAUUGGAUUGUAUGAUUGGAAUGGAAUACAACAACAGCCUUAAUCCAUCAGUUUUGCCAACUUCAGUUUCCGAGAUGAUAGCUGUCAAAUCUAUGGAUUGUACACAACAUUGGAGAUGGCGACAUCAUAGUACCUUACUGUGACAUCCUAAAAUCUGAUGGUGACAUCACAAUACUUUACGGAGACUCCUCGAAUGUAUAUGCCAAGUUAUACAUGACCUGAUUGGAUACAAGUUACAACUUGUUUACUUACAGGUCAUUUAACCAUUGAACACUGAGUAUUCACAUAGAUGAUGAUUGAAUUAAGAAUAAGGCAUCUGCAUAUGUCACACUGGGAAAUAGUCUCAUUUACUCAGAAUUUUAGGAAUUGUACUUUUGAAGCUAUAAUUCAAUCAUAUCACAAAUGUUCAUGUAGUGUAUUGUGUGUAUUCAGAAAUUUUGUCACAUGAACAAUAAACAAAUAUUCAAA